CGCGGCCGCCUGACUGGAAUGAGGGUGGCUGCGGCGACUGCGGCGGCGGGAGCGGGGCCGGCCAUGGCGGUGUGGACGCGGGCCACCAAAGCGGGGCUGCUGGAGCUGCUCCUGCGGGAGCGCUGGGUCCGGGUGGUGGCCGAGCUGAGCGGCGAGAGCCUGAGCCUGACGGGCGACGCCGCGGCGGCCGAAGCCGAGGCGUCCCUGGGGCUGGCGGCGGCCGCCUUCAACGGCCUCGCGAACGGCGGCGGCGGGGCGGGCGACUCGCUGCCCGCGAGCCCGAGCCGCGGCCUGGGCCCCCCGAGCCCGCCGGCGCCGGCGCGGGGCCCCGCGGGCGAGGCGGGCGCGUCGCCGCCCGUGCGCCGGGUGCGGGUGGUGAAGCAGGAGGCGGGCGGCCUGGGCAUCAGCAUCAAGGGCGGCCGCGAGAACCGGAUGCCCAUCCUCAUCUCCAAGAUCUUCCCGGGGCUGGCGGCCGACCAGAGCCGGGCGCUGCGGCUGGGCGACGCCAUCCUGUCGGUGAACGGCACGGACCUGCGCCAGGCCACCCACGACCAGGCCGUGCAGGCGCUGAAGCGCGCGGGCAAGGAGGUGCUGCUGGAGGUCAAGUUCAUUCGAGAAGUAACACCAUAUAUCAAGAAGCCAUCAUUAGUAUCAGAUCUGCCAUGGGAAGGUGCAGCUCCCCAGUCACCGAGCUUUAGUGGCAGUGAGGACUCUGGUUCUCCAAAACACCAGAACAGCAUCAAGGACAGGAAGGUCAUCCCUCUCAAAAUGUGCUUCGCCGCUAGAAACCUAAGCAUGCCGGAUCUGGAAAACAGAUUGAUAGAGCUCCAUUCUCCUGACAGUAGGAACACGUUGACUCUCCGCUGCAAGGAUACAGCCACCGCCCACUCCUGGUUCGUAGCUAUCCACACCAACAUAAUGGCUCUCCUCCCACAGGUGUUGGCCGAACUCAAUGCCAUGCUUGGUGCAACCAGUGCAGCUGGAGGCAGCAAGGAGGUCAAACACAUUGCCUGGCUGGCAGAACAGGCAAAAUUAGAUGGUGGAAGACAGCAGUGGAGACCGGUCCUCAUGGCUGUGACCGAGAAGGACUUGCUGCUUUAUGACUGUAUGCCAUGGAGCAGGGACGCCUGGGCAUCGCCGUGUCAUAGCUACCCUCUUGUCGCCACAAGAUUGGUUCAUUCUGGCUCUGGAUGUCGCUCCCCAUCCCUGGGAUCUGACCUAACAUUUGCUACCAGGACAGGCUCCCGGCAGGGCAUUGAGAUGCAUCUCUUCAGGGUGGAGACACAUCGGGAUCUGUCAACCUGGACCAGGGUGCUUGUUCAGGGUUGCCACGCUGCUGCUGAGCUCAUCAAGGAGGUUUCUCUAGGAUGCACAUUAAAUGGUCAAGAGGUAAGACUCACUGUCCACUAUGAAAAUGGAUUUAGUAUCUCCAGGGAAAAUGGAGGAGGUCCCAGCAGCAUUCUAUACCGCUACCCCUUUGAAAGGCUGAAAAUGUCUGCUGAUGACGGCAUCAGAAAUCUGUAUCUGGACUUUGGUGGUCCUGAGGGAGAGCUGACUAUGGACCUGCACUCUUGUCCAAAGCCAAUUGUAUUUGUGCUACAUACGUUCCUAUCAGCCAAAGUUACUCGCAUGGGACUGCUUGUAUGAACAUCAAAGAAUCAGAAAAGAGCCUUGAAUGUCUCAAAAGUGUUUCCACCUCAAAAAAGAAAAAAAAAGAGAAAAAGAAAAGAAAAAAAGCACAAAAAGAAAUCUCUUUGAUCUCUCCUCCAGCACAGUGCCUUGACAAGGACCCGCAAACCACUGCUGAACCAUGGACACGUUUAAGGAAGAGCCAGCCACACUACAGGGCUGUAAGAAGCUCCAAAAUGAAGCUGUUGAUUCAUUGUGUAGUUUCCUCAAGUGGUUUAUGAGCAAUUAGGUGUAUUUCUUCCAUUGAGAAGGGUGGCUCAUUGCUUUUCUUUGGGGAUAUAACCAAAUAUUUAAGAGUUUUCUUUUAUUCUUCCUGUAGAAUUUUUUCAGGCUUAACUUUGAACUUCUGCUUUGGGUGACUGUUCUCUGGUGCUAGUUCACAGCCACCCGUGCUUCUUGGUCAUUCCAGAUAGGACCGACAUGUUACUGGAGUUUACGGUCCUCACCUGCUCCUCCCCUCUGGAGAAGUCUUUGAAUGGGCUCACCAAAGCAUCCUUCCAUCUGGCCUGCCAUCGCCGCCCACCUCACCACAAGCUCGGCCACUCAUAAGUGCUAACUUUAGGACUUGAAAGUUGCAUAGUUUGAUUUGCCUUGCCUUCCACUCCCUUUGUAGUGGUGACCAAGUUGAAAAACAAUUUGUAAACCACGACUUUGAAAGAAAAGUUUUGUUUGUGGGCUUUCUGACUUUAUCUUGUUAAAAGCCAGGGAAUGUUAGAAGACUUACUUUAAAAGAAAAUCCUCAUUUUAGCCCAAGCCAUUUUUAUUGCUUACCAAAUGUGCCUUUGGUUAGGGUUAGUGGAGCUUUGUUAGUCACUGUUUGAAUAACUGGAUAUCACUGCCAUUCCAGGGAGAUGGUUUAUCCUAAUUUUGAAGAACAGUCUACGAGGUAAGUUCCCUCAGAUAUUUCUUUGAGGGAAGUAAAUCCUAGAGAGCCAGCUUGCUCUAGAGUAGACUUGUGAUGAAGCUAUCUCUUCAACAAAAAUAUCAUGUUGAGUUUAUUUGGACAGAAUCCUGGCCCUGGCCCAUCACCUUUGUGACGGCAGUGUGUAAUGGACAAGUACCGGCUAAUACAAGUCUUGGCAUUAUUUCCUUAAUAAUUCACCCUACAGUGGGCAGGGUGAAGGGACCACAGGGUUUUGCUAAGCAUUGCUAGCUGACAACAUUAGGACAUUAGCAGUUAGAGUGCUGGUUUUGUGGUAUUGGAGAAUCAUGCUCAGCUUAUUUUCCUGCUUUCGAAGGAAGUUAUAUGACUGAAGACAUUUGAAGCUAUAUAAAAUAUCAAGAUUAGCACAAUCCUCAGAUCUGAACGAAUAACAACAGUUGACUUGGAUUUCUCCACUCUCUGAAGAAAGGAAUGGAUAUAUUUUACUAGGUUUGUCAGGAGUGUCAUAAGAAAAUGUGAACCCUAAGAUGGGCAGAAGAAAGGGGCCUGAGUGGGCAGAGCACUUGCCUUGCAUGCAACCAACAUGGAUUUGAUCCCAGGCAUCCCACACAGUCCCCUGAGCACCACCAGGAGUGAUUCCUGAGUGCAGAGCCAGGAAUAACCCCUAAGCAUCUCCGGGUGUUGUACCCUCCACCCCCAGGAAAAAAGAAAAAGCAGAAGAAAAUGACACUCCAGAGAGGGUAGGGGCAUAUAACCGUCUAUUCAUACAGAGGUAUUUGGUUUUGAGUCCAUUACAGGUGCACUCAUGGUAGGACUUAGAAAAGAGCAGGCACCUGAGCAAGCACAUUCUAGUUAGCUUUAGAACCCCAUUUUAGUUCCUCUGCCCAAGGUCAGUCCGCCUUAUCCGUGUGUGUAUGGUGAGAUUACCCAUGUGAAGAGUCUCCGGGGAGGUCUGUUCUCCCACCAACCCUCUCCCCCCACCAGCUCCAAUCUCCAAAAUGAUCACUCCACUUAAAACUGGAAGUUGAAAUAUAGAUUAGCUGUAUCUUUCAAGAGCUUUUUAUAGUUUGGAAAUUAGUCAACCUAAAUUUUAUUCCAUCUGGGGUAAGCUUGUAAGUCAGGGAAGAAACAAAAAUAGCUUGAAUAUUAAAAAAAAAAGCAGAAUUUCUAUAUGUAAUGCUCUUGGAUAAGAAUAUUCAGAUACUUUGCACUGAACUGUUAUUAAUCUGAGAAGUUUAAUGGUGAAUCACAGAAUUUGUAGUAAAGCUAUUUGUCCAAGGGUUUCUGUGUUAGUGUGAAAGGUUAAGGUACUGAGAAAAAUUUUCAGGGGAAACUUCUAAGAUUGCUCAUAAGUUACAUGAAAAAGAUCUGUUUAAAAACAGCAGCAAAACCAAGUUGUGGUUCAGUUAUGGGCAGUAGAAGGAAGGCAUGUGCGCAUCUGGGCUCACUUUAUUCAAGCUUUAAUUGUCCUGUGUAGCACUAAGGUCUCUGGGGUUCUAAUAUCUUUGGAGUCAUAAUGUGAAGUAACAGUGUUUAGUGGGUUCCUUUGACCACUAUCACCCCAAGAGCAAUAGCCUUUACGCUACUUGUUUGACAACUUCAACAAUUGUUCAACAUGGAUAACCAGGUUGUUCUUUAGUGAAAUCAGUUUGUGGGAUUUCCAAACCACAACUGCUUCUUGUGAAUGGACAGCCUUGCUAAGUUUAGUAUUUUAUAUUUAGAUUCCAAAUAUGGCAAAUUAUUUUCAAAUAACUGAAACAGGCCUUUUUAUAUUUCACAUCUUUUAUAGGACAGCUAACUUUCCUUUUUCACUUAGUAUUAGUUGGGCAUCCACUUGUAGAGUGGAAAGGACAGUGUCGAAAGGAAAUGGAAAGGAAAAUGUAGAGUAGCAUCCCCCUUGUUCUGUUGGACCAUUUCCUGCACCCCAGGCUGGGCUUCACGCCUCCAUUUUCCACACAGACUUCUGUAAGCAGCCCAGGGGUGUGUGAUAAUUCUUCCUCCUCAUUUCCUAAAUCUUCUUUCCUUACUGUUUUCACCCCAUGCUCCCCCAAAGGGAGAAAAAGAACAAAAGAAAAAGAUUCACUUAUUCUUUUUUGUAAAAAGCUAAAUUCUUUCCUGAAGUCAUCAGAUGAACCUUACCUGAAAAUUAAUGUCUAAUAUCAUAUAUGAAGAAAUGCAUUAAUGUAUGUUAAUACAGUAUUUAUUAAGUAUUUGUAACUGUAAACUCAACCUACUUAGUAGACAGGGUUUCAGGUUAAAGAUUGGGGCAUGUUCAGGUAAUCAAAAACAUUACUUUAAAUGCCAUACACCUAUUUUAAAGCCAUGUUUUAUUUAGCACUUUUUAGGCUAGGUAAAGUCUCUAGUGCCUGUUUAUAUCAUCUAUGCUCGCACAUAUUUUGUUACUAAAAAUUAUUGCAUGGCAGGAGAGAUUGAAUUAUUUAUUCCUUAUAUUUUUAUAAGUGGGAAAAUCUCUAACCAAAAAUAUGUUUAGACUUUCAUCUUUCUCCUCCUAAGCAGAAAGGUAACAAAGCUUUUUUCAGCUGAUUAUGCACUUAGCUAAGAAACCAAAAUUAAUUCUAAAAAAAUUUAAGCUGUGUGGAAUCUGGAGAAGAUUGUCCUCCUCUUAGCAAAACAGGUUUCACUAUGAAUGGUUUUGAUGGACAAAAGUGUGACCAAUUUUCAGAAAAGCUUAUGAUGGAUUGUUCUGGUUUUGUGAUUGUGAAAACCUCCAGGUCUUCUUGUUUAACUUAUAUGCAUGUGGGUAAUUGUAUGUCUUCAAAAAUAUGGAAGAAUCUCUCCAUAUUUUUAAUGCAAAAUUAUCUUGUAAGCUGCUAUGCAAAUUCUAUUAAAGGCCCUACCUACUUAAAGAUUUAGAAACAUUUUUGAAGCUUUCAGGGAAGACAUGUAGACUUAAGCACUUUCCUCUCCUUUUUUGUAUUCGGUCUUGGACACUUACGCUGAAUUAUGUUCUUAAUACUUUCACUGGUUUAUAAGAUAUUGAUUGUAUAUAAUAUUUAAACUACCCAAAUAUCCAGCAUACAUUUUUCUCUGCCUGCUACUUAUUAUUGACGCCAUGAAACACAAUGACAAUUUAGAAAGCCAAAGGUCUUUUUUCUAUUCCUAAUGAAGAAGUAAAAGCAGAUUGUUUUGGUUGAAUUCAAAUAUAUCUGUAAAGAAAGGAGACAUCUAAAUUUGGGGUUCUUUUUGAACUUUACAUUGAAUUUGACAAGAUCCUAUUCAUUCAUUUAUAUUUCUCUAUCAGGCAUAUUUUGUGCCAGCUGGUAAUCUAGUCUACCUUGAGCUGGGAAAUCUCAGUCCAGUUGGAAUGGCAAGUCAUGCUUCUUUCCUUCUCGGGAUGAGAGAAAACAGAGGCAUUGCCAUCUCCUGUUCUUUUUAUCCUUGUUUUAAUUGCUUGGUAAUCUUUAAUUAAGAGCGAUAGUGCACCAGUUAGGGCAUUCACCUUGUAUUCGGCCGACCCGGGUUCGAUUCCCCCACCCCUCUUUGAGAGCCCAGCAAGCUACUGAGAGUAUCUUGAACCCAUGGCAGAGCCUGGCAAGCUCCCCGUGGCAUAUUCAAUAUGCCAAAAACAGUAACAACAAGUCUCACAAUGGAGACGUUACUGGUGCCUGCUCGAGCAAAUCCAUGAGCAACAGGAUUAACAGUGAUACAGUGAUUUUGACUUUCUAUGCACUGUCUUUGAAAAUGGACAUCAAGUCUUUUUGCUUUUUUAAAAGCUAUAGCUUUCUCUGAGUAUAUACACACUUCACAAAUGUGUAAUGGUAGUUUUAAAGUUAUGCUCUAUACCAGAAUUAUGAGUUGUUGGUUUUUUUUUUAAGCAACAUAGCUAUUUCUAGGGUAUAGUAAUACUGAGAAUUUUAUGCUAGUAAUAGACCGCUUAAUUGAAACCCUUUCUCUAACAAAUGUCUGGUAAAUCAGUGAUAUAAGUUCGUCCCUUUAAAGGAUAGAAAUUAAAGUUAAGUAAAGUACAAUAAAUAAGUACAUAGAACACACCUGAUUUAUUGCCUCUGGCACUGACUAAACUGCUAGCUGGAAAAAUGGUUGUGUACUAACUCAAAAAAAUUUUUUUUACCCCUUCUCUUUGGACCACAUCUGGCAGUGCCGGGUGCUGCCUUGGUCCCUGGAACUGAACCCAGGACUCCCAAAAAGGAUGUGCUCCAACCCCUCAGAAAUGUCUUAACAAGAUUCUUGUUUUGUUUCAAAACUGAUGAUCUGAGUCUCUUACCUCCUACUCUCCCUCCCCGCUUGAGGGAACUGAGCCAAAGCAUUUUCAAGUUUUACAAACAGGUCAAGCACCGGGGUCAUAGUACAGGGGUACUGAGCUGCUCGCCUGCACAUGGCCAACAGUGCCUCAAGCCCGAGCCACAGUUUUGUUUUCCCUGAGCACAGAGCUGGGAAUGGUCCAAGCCUCCCUCACAAAAAAAAACCCUCCAGAAUAUUCCUCCAGAAUAUUCCUCCAGAAUAGAUGGGUUGAAAAGUGAAGGAAAUUAUAAAUUCUUCCCAUUGUGAGACCCUGUUAGAUUUCUAACUUCUGAGUCAUCUAACUACCUGACUCAGGUUUUAUUUGGGGGGCUACCCCCAGCAGUGCUCAGGACUUACUCCUGACUCUGUGCUCAGGGAUCACUCCUGGUAGGAUCAGACCAAAUGGGGUGCUGGGGAUUAAACCCAUGUCAGGCACAUGCACGGCAAGCGCUGUCCCUGCUGGACUGUCGUGCCCCAACUCAGUGUUGUAGUACUCCAAGUCCUUCCGAAUCCCAGCACUUACUGUCUUUGGAACCUGACAGUUUUAUCACCUCUUGCAGAGUGAUUAAGUCGCUUGAAUAAUAACAAAGUUUCUUUGAGUGUCUAGAGAAAUUUUCAAACUGCAAGAUGAAUUGGUUUUUAGAUUCUUUCAUCUAAUAAGCAUUUGUUAAUGUGCAGUUCUUCACUGGCAUGAAUUUUAAAAAAAGUUCCUAUCCUCAACUACUAAUAAUCCACUAAUCUCAAUCAUACUGUCCUCUCUGUCUAUGUGUGAUUAUAUAAUUUACCGCUUUAUGUGUACAUGUGUGUAUGUAUAAAGCAGUUACAUAUAUGCAUAUAUAUAUAUUUUAAUCAAAGUGCAUCUGCAGUUCUGCCCAUCUGACAAAGUGAAAAAUGUUUGAAAGGAUGCUCAGUCUUUGGUCCAUGCCAAUAUGAAAAAACUCCAAGCACCUUGAAGUAGGUCAGUAUUUUUGUGUAGAAAAUACUUGAACUUUUCCCAAUGCAUUAGACUUUAGUUUGGGAAGAAGAGUAGCAUAGACUAUUCUUAGUAAGAUAUAUCACAACAAGAAAAGUUAAAUUCUGUUGCCCAAAUAGAUCAACAGGAAAGGCUUUUAAAAGAAAUGUUUCUUUUAACAAUCGUUAAAUGUAUAUUUCAUUCCCUCUUUUUAUGGUUUUGGUGGUGGUAGUGGUCUGACGCUCUCUCUCUCUCUCUCUCUCUCUCUCUCUCUCUCUCUCUCUCUCUCACUCAUACACACACACACAUCCGCCUCUCUCUUGUGGUGUUAGGAAUCAAGUCAUGGGCCAUACUCACGUAAAGCAUCCCCCCUGGUCUCUACUCUAAUUUUAAAAUUGUGCUGACUCACUCAUUUCCACACUCUUUGACAUCUUAUUUGCUGAAAAUCCUUAACAUUUUCUAGAGCAACUGUUUCCACAUAAUGUUGGUCAAAAUGAAGAUAUUUUCCCCACCCUCACUGUUCUUAUGAGAUCAUAAACUUAGCAAAAUUCUUAUUUUAGAAUGUUCUUGCAUUCAAACUCAGUUUUAAAAUUCUUUUAAAAGACAUCUAAAGAAAAUAAGAAAUGAACUGAAUUAUCUCACAUUUUUUUCAUAGAGGAAUAGUCCCUGUCUCUCCAAAUUGCUGUCCAUUUAUCAAAUUUUCAGACAAGAUUCUUAAGUGUACCUAGAAGUACCUGAGCUACCAGUAGUUGGAUGGCAAGGGAACACCAUCACCUGAUCUCUAGCCCCCUUGUUUCAAAUGUCCUGAAGUCGUGUGCACACAUUAUGCCAUGCCUUCAGUCUCUUGGUCUUUGCUUUAAACCUGGUAUUGAUUAACUGUUAUUUGAUAUACCAGCGAAGUAUCACAGAGAGAGAGAGUGUGUGUGUGUGUGUGUGUGUGUGUGUGUGUGUGUGUGUGCGCGCACACACACUUGCUUCCUAGACUGGAAGGACACUACGUCUGUCUCAGUCCUAUUCAGCUGGUCUCAGUUCUGCUUUUUCUUUUUUGCUUUAUAGACUAAUAAACUGGGUUUGGCACGGUCAUCAAUAUUAUUUUUCACACAUUAGCAGAUACACCCUAUUAAGAACCAGUUUAAAAGGCCAGAACGAUAGUUCUGCAGUAGUUAAGGUGCCUGCCUUGCACACACAUGACCUGGAUUCCAUCCCUAGUACCUUGUGGUCCCUGAUCCCUGCUAGAUGUGAUCCCUGAGCACAGAGCCAAGAGUAAUCCCAGAGCACAGCCAGGUGUAACCCCAAAACAGAACCAGUUUGAUUUUUUCCCCCUCCAUCAUAGAUCUCCAGUGUUAUGUUUACAAUCUGUUGAAGGGGUCAUCAUGCUAUGACCUUGGUACCCAAAGAAUCUAUUUCCUUUUGUAUCAGUUUUAGAAAAUGUGUCAAACCACUACCUAUGAAAGUCUAAUUUGACUAAUCUGUGCAAACUCCAGAUAUACCCACUUGUAUGUGUUACAUCCCACAAAACUUUUAUUUUUGUUAAGCAUGAAGAAAAGUUCUAAUAGUUUUAUAAUGAAUCAAAAAUAUAUGUUAUUGAAUUUUUUUCCUUUUAGAAUACUGUAUUAAGUAAGACUUAAGUAUUGUUUUAAAUUUGUCUCAAAUCUUACACCACCCGAUCACCAAAUCAAAACCCACAGCAUAAAACAGGGCAGUAUCUGUGUUCUUAACGAUGACAAGCUUCAUGUGUACGCUAUAAAUAUAAAUGCAAAGACGAUGCUUCCCCUUGAGUUGCACAUCAACAUAUUGCAUUGUAUAUUACAAUGGGAGUUUGUAGCUGAAGGGUAUUAUAUAUGUAUAAAUAUAUACCUUUGUAAUCUUUAUACUGUAAAUAAAAAAUUGCUUUUAGACAUGUA